CGGGCGCCGCCGCCGCCGCCGCCUCCUCCUCGCAGACAGAAAUGGCGACUCCGCCGCCGCCUCGUACCGGAGACAGAAAUGGCGACGCCUCCCCAUGUUGGAAGUAUCUAUUCCUUCCUUUGGAUCGUGUGCAGGUCAGCAUCUUCCAAGCUCCUGUACCUACCUGGCUAGCUGGCUCCAUCUCGGACUCGAUCCAAACAGGGAGAAAGACAAGGGUUAAAGUGCGCAGAUUCGCCGUGGGGGGACAUGGCGCACUGUCACCGAUAGCGCCAAAUUUGGCCACUCACUUAGUCACUUGUAUAUGAACUGGGCGACGACUGACUCACCGCACCUUCCGCCCCGGCGGCUCGAGCGAGCAGGGCAGUGCGCUACCUCCACCCUGACCCUGACAAGACUUUAGUUGACUCCAUAGAGAUUGCUCGCCGUGUUGUUCCGAUCUCUUGUUGGCGAUCGCUGAUUGCUUCGGAUUUCUUGCAACCAUAAAUAUUAUAGGGUUGCCUAGUUGGAAAGCAAAUAGGAUAUGGAGAAUCAAUCAGGACAACCGCAGUACGCCAUGGCUGACCAAGGAUUCCACCCUUUCUCACCAUUCAUGUUGGCGCCUUCUACUACCAUGCAGCAGCAUGUGGGCUCCUCAUCCAGCACGCCAGUAAUUCAAGUGGCAGCUCUGCCGUCUCAUGCAUAUUAUGGUAACAUAGAUGUAGCUGAUGAUGGAUUCCACUGGAGGAUGUGUGGGCAGAGUACAAUUCAGGGUGGAUUGUGUCCAACGGUAUUCUCCUAUCAAUGUGCCCUACCAAACUGCGGGGUCCGGAAAUCGAUAACACGCUCUGCAGAUGGACAGACCAUCGAAACAGUUUGCAAGGGCUGUCACAACCACCCACGACAGUCACUAAGGUGGCUCGGAGAUGGUUCAGAGCGAUUGGAGCCUAUUUCUCAAGAAAUUGUGCUACUUGAGGCAUCAGAUGCCUCAGGAGCUGCUGGUGGACCUUCAGUGCCUGGGACGGGAAAUGGGCACGGCCAGUCGUCUGGUUCAAGUGAUAGCUGCAGAGACGAUGAUGGUGAUUUAGGAAUUGAUGGGAAUGCUUCUGUUGGUGAUGCCAAUGCAGUGAAAAGCGGACAGGUCCCAGCUCCAGCCAAAGAGAUCACUGUGCACUCUGCAUGUGAGGUUGAUAUUUUGAAUAACAGUGUUCGUCAUGAAAACCCACAACCAAGGAAAAAGGUGCGAUCUAAGUCCACGGUGUGGGAGGAAUUUGAAGUUGUGUUAAUUGAUGGAAAGGUUCAAACCGCUGAAUGUAAGCAUUGUAAAAAAGGCCUCAGUGCAAAAACUUCAGGAGGAACCAGCCACCUAAUACGACACUUGAAGAUCUGUCCUGCACAGCAUGGAACCAGUAGGGUUCAGAAAAAAUGUUCUUCACUGGCUGAUCUACCUAUUGUAAAGAGCUGGAAAGAUGAUCAAGAAAGUUCUCUUGACGAGAUUAUUAGGUCAAUAGUCUCAAACCUUUGCCCCUUCUCUGCCAUGUACAGUGCAAGCUUUGCACAGUUUCUAGCUGGUAGAAAUCCGGUUCUUAACAUGGUGCAGCAAGCUACCGUUGAGGAAAAGUUUCUUAGUGUUUUUCAUAACGAAAAGAUGAAGCUGAAGGAGAAAAUAACAGCUACACCUGGGGGAGUUUUCCUGUCACUAGGCGAGUGGCAGCGGUUAUUUUACAUUCAAGUAAGAGUUGCUUGUUUAACUGUGCAUUUUAUAGAUGAGGACUGGAAGAUCAAUAGAAAAACAAUAAGAUGUUCUCUUUCAGUAUUUGGCAAGUCUGAUAUUUUAAGCUUGUACCCGCAUUGGCAAUCUGACAUUGUUCUUGCUGAGAAGGUGUUAAAGGAAGUAGUUCAAGAUUGGGGUCUUUUGGAUAAGCUUUUAGGAGUGACACUACAGCGAUCAGUGGAUAAGAAAGCUCCAUUACACUUGGAGGAUGACAUUACAGGAAGGAACUACCUUCUUUCCAAAUGCAGGCUAUUAAGUAUCCCUUGUAUGGUAGAUGCCCUUCAUGAACUUAUGGACUCCACCGUUUUGGACAUGGAAUCGACAUGGUCUCAUUACAUGACAAGCUCCCCAGAGCGUAAGCAGAAAUAUCAGGAAAUUCUAUCACAGCUGCAUCUAGACCGUCCCUCUCUCGGAUCAAAAGGCUGGUACUUCACAUUCUAUUUUUCUGAGGCUGCUUUGCAGUUCAUCAAAUCAUUUCCACUUCCAGAUGCUAAACCAAAUUGCCAAUCAGGUCCUUGGGAGCCAUCUUUUGAUGAUCUCGAAGCAACAGAGAACUAUUGCAAGAUUGCAAGGUCAGCCUAUCGUGUAAUAAAAGUAGUUUCUGGUCCUCACAAUAUGACAUUUAAUUCAUACUUCCAUGUGAUCUGGAGCUUGAGAGCAGCUAUACAAGAACUGCCUAGUAUAAAAAAUAUUGGAAGAGUUUUUGAUGUGGCAUAUAUGCAGAAGAAAUUUGACAGAAAUUGGAAGAAGUGGUACUUGUGGCUGUCGAUAGCUGUGGUUCUAGAUCCCAGAUAUAAACUCGGAUUCAUUGAACUUUGCUUCAGGCAAGCUUUUAGCCAUGUUGCUGGAAUGUAUUUCUCCGAGGUGCGUGCAAAGCUUCAUGAGCUAUACAUUCAAUACUCUUAUGUGAAUGAGCAAAGUAAGGAGAUAUUGGAUCACAAGAACAAUUGUUCAGAUAUACAAAUUAGUGCUCCAUUACAUAACAAGGGCCAGAAUUCUACCACAGCCCAAGCUGCAGUUGAGGAAUUCAAAGAGCUUUAUGAAUAUCUUGGUGGGGGACUCUGUACUCAAGACGAUUCUUUUGAUAUUCUGAAAUGGUGGAGGGGUAACUCAUCUGCAUACCCAACUCUUGCUAUGAUGGCACGCGAUAUUUUAGCAAUACCUGGAUGUGCAGUUUCUACUGAAUCUGCAUUUGAUCAGUGUGAUCAACGGGCGGAGCUAUUUGAUGGAAAAUUGCGACCUGAGACAACAGAAGCACUUAUAUGUGCCCAAAGCUGGAUCAAAUCAUCUGGAACAGCUGAUGCGGAUGAUGGAAAUAAGAACACUUCGUUUUAACCUGCAGUGACCUACGUUGGGUACAUCCAGCUCCGUUGGUUUGUUACAGUUGUUCAGCUGGAUUUCCUGUUUCCCAUAUAUCUCUGCUUCUGCAUGAUCAAUAACACCUGCAGCAGUUCUACUCUCUGCUUUUCACCGGGCCAUGAUUAUGAGAUCAGGUUUUACUGCACUCGCUGGAGAAAUUAAAAGUCUUUUAUCUAUAUAAGCAAAGGAUUGUGUUUUGUUUGGAAAAUACUCGUAUAUUUUCCUGAGCUGUUAUUAUCGUUCAAUAUUACCUUACAAUGGUUUGUAAUCAUGAUAUGAGGAAGAAUGUAAAACACAAUGUCAGUAUAAUUUCAAAUGGCUGUGCAUGUUGAGCCAGUAAUGUUUGUGAAGAAA